AAUGAGAGUUCUUUUUGAAGAAAGACCGGUAUGCAACGGAUAUGAGAUAUAAAGUAUCGAAAAUACAAGCAACGGAACGGACUUACAUUUAUUAUAUAUAUGGCGAUAUAUUUGGCAAGGUCGUUUCUCAUAGACAAAUCGUUCAUAUCCAACUGUGAUGACAGGCAGGUGAAAAGGUUGGAGAAGAAUCAACUGUCAAACUUGAUUUAAUUCGUUCAAUCAAACGAAUUGUGUUGAAAACAGACAUGGAGAAGACUACAGCGGACAAGUUGAUCCCGAAAUUAAUCUCCGGGACAUACGAAGAAUUUUGUGAGAACAUUAUUGUAUUUUUAGACACUUACAAUAAAAAGACCAGUUUUGAUGAAUUAAAUAGUAACUGUUUACGAGAGAAACUAUGGAAGAUGUUAUUUCAUCAUUUAACAAAUCAAAUGUAUAUAGAUCACCGACAUCAUUGCUUGGCUGCAUUGAGAAUACUCAGUCGAGACAAAACUAAUUUAGAUGAAUUAAUUACUGAUAAUGCAGUAAAGAUUAUAUUGUUAAAUACAGGCCUGACAAAAAUAUACGAUGAAGAACAAAUUUCAUAUACAGUAGUCAUGAUAGAAUCAUUAAAGUUGUUAUGCAACUUAUUAUUCAAUAGCGUAAAAAUGCAACAAUCGAAAGUACUAAUAUCCUCUUUGCCUUAUCUGAUGGAUCGUGUUAGAAAUUAUACAAAUGAUACUCCAUAUGAUGUCAAAUUAUUUGACAUGAGAAUAUUGUUUCUUAUCACUGCGUUAAAUACUUCGACCAGAAACAUAAUUAAACAUGACUUGUGUGGUGAUGUAUGUCUUAUAAAAAUAAUAGAGGAUUUUGUGACAAGAAAUCAAGAUAAUAAUGAAACAACUAUUAUUAAGACUGAAGAAAUCACAGUAAUUUGUGAAGUUUUAAAAGUUCUGUUUAAUUUAUACAUACAAUCGGACGAUACUGGGAUUGAGGAUCAAGAGAAACAUAAAAAUUUGAUGUUGAUUUUAUAUAAAUUAUUAAUUCUUAAAUACUCGAUGCAACAGGACGAUCUUGAGAGCAAUGUCAUCAACUUGUUAACUGUAAUAUUGUAUAGUUGUUACACACCAAUUAUACAACCCGUCAAAUACAACGACCGUAAGAGUGUGUAUCAAGGUAUGGACAUGAGUGCAAUAUGCGUUUUACUUAGAUUUUUGGAUCAAAGAUUGGAUUGUAAAACGCAUUUGAUCGAGAACAUCUCUCCGGUAGUUACCGCUCUAAUUAGACUCGUUAAAUCAGAGAGAAUAAUUCGCAAAUACGUGAGAUUGCAGAUUCUACCUCCGUUGAAGGACGUGAUGAAUCGGCCCGAAGAAGGGACAACAUUGAGAGCCAAAUUAUGCAAGUUAUUAACGUCGCCUCUCAUAGAGCUACGUGAUCUCGUUGCAGAGCUAUUAUUUAUCCUUUGUAAAGAAAAUGUUAAUCGCAUGGUAAAGUAUACGGGAUACGGAAAUGCGGCUGGAAUGUUCGCCAAGAAAGGAUUGUUGGGACGCAACCAGGCGGAAACGGCGUAUUCUUCCGAAUCAGAAGACAGUGAAACGGAAGAAUACCUCAAGUACAAAGAGCAAAUAAAUCCAGUAACAGGGUGUUUCGAGCAUCCCAAGCCAAAUCCGCUUGAAGGAAUGACGGAAGAACAAAAAGAAUUUGAAGCUUUACAGCUAGUAGAUCUUGUUGAUAAGCUGACAAGAGAGGGAGUCGUACGUCCUUGCCGCAUCGGAGAAGACGGGAAGCCGAAACCCAUAGAACACGUCCUUGAGUUGCAGAGUGAAUUACCGAAACAACAAUACAGUCGAAAAGACUCGGACUCUGAAUAAAUAUAUUAUACACAUGUUUAAAGUAUACGAGAAAGAAAUUUGUGUGUAAAGAUGUAACUAUAUUACAAAUAUAGACAUUUCAAUUGAAUCGA